AUGUAAACAACAUUACCAAAAGUAAGAUUGUAAAGUGAGUAUCCAGUAAAAAAGGUAGUAAGCCCUUAGAUUGAGUUACCUGCUGAAUAUAUUUUAGUUGAAAAGGCAGGGUAGGGUAGUUUUGGAGAGAUUUAUAAAAUCUAUAACACAAUCACUAAAACUUUACAUGCAUGCAAAGUGGAAUUUAAAGAUUCUAGAUAAUAAAAUCAAUAGUCUUUGUUAGUUAAAGAAUACAAUACAUUAAUGUAAUUGAAGGGAAUUCAAUAAAUACCACAACCAUACUAAUUGAUUUAACAGUAGGAUUACAAAUUAAUUAUAAUGCCAUUCUACGGUUCAGGUAAUUUGGAGGAGCUGCGUAAAAAAUAAUAAAAUGAGAAAUUCUCAGAAACAAGCAUUAUUAGAUUGACUUACUGUUUGAUUACGGCAAUUGAAGCAGUCCACGAAAGAAAAUUCGUUCACAGAGAUAUCAAGCCUGAGAAUUUCUUAGUUGGGAGUUAUGGUGACCAUCACACUGUCUAUUUAAUAGACUUUGGAUUGGCAAAACCAUAUUUAGAUUAAUAAGGAAUUCAUAUUCCUUAAGCAGAUAACAAAGGAAUGGUAGGAACCGCAAGAUAUACAAGCAUAAAUUCACAUUUAGGGGCUGAGUAAAGUAGAAGAGAUGAUUUAGAAGCAAUGUGUUACGUUCUGUUGUACCUCUAUAAUGGAUUGUUGCCAUGGCAAAAUUUCUCUUGUUAAACAAGAUAAGAGAAGUUUUUGAAAAUAUUAGAGGCAAAAUAGAAGUUUGCUGCUGGUUAAUUAGAAAUUAAUAUCCCUCCGAUUCUAAAGCAAAUAUAUGAUCAUUCAAAAGGACUGAGAUUUGAUGAACAACCUAAUUAUGCAAAGAUGAAAGAAAUAUGCAAGGAAGGACUCAAUAAAUCUAGACCUUAUUGUUUUGAUUGGUGUGCAUAAGACUGUAAAUUUAAACCCUAUGAUGAUAUGAAUGAUGGAUUUAGUGAAUUGGCAAGUGAGUUUUCUACAUUUAGAAAAUAACAAAGAGGAUAAACAACCGAUUAGAUAAGCACAAACAUCAAAAAGAUAUAACCAUUCAAGUAAAUAGAAGAAGAAGAUGAAGAAUCUAUUAAUGAAUUCCCUAAUGUUCAAAAGAUUACCAAGUUUUAUUAAAACAAAAAACAUUGAUUAAUGAUAAAUAUAUAUAUAUUAAUAAAUGAGAUAAGUGUUCA